GAGUUUCUGCUGAGUCUCCCGGUCUGAGUUUGUUUUGAGCCGCUUCCCAUCGCGGCCAAACAUCCAGAGCCAAGUGUUGCAGUCUGCCUCAGACGCUGUCGCCGGGCUCCUCUCGUCUCCCUUCUCACCGGUCGCACCCUGGAGUGUCACUUCUCUGACCGCCGGCCGCGUCGUCCUGAGUCGUCAUCGAAUGGGGACUGUCCGAGGAUAACCUUUGUUAUUGCAGAGGACCUGCCUGACCGCUACUUCUCUGCCGCAGGAUCUACUCGGCUGUCAGAAGGCAUCCGAUUUUCACCUCCUCCACUCCCGCCGUGCAUGGAUGCGCCAUGGCCACUUUCGUGUGCAGGGUUCAGUUCCUCGAUGACACUGAUCCUUUCAACAGCACCAAUUUCCCGGAGCCCACCAGACCGCCUCUGUACACCUUCAUAGAAGACAUCCCGCUGAUCAACCAGGUCGCAGGAGUCCACAGGCUGCUCAAAGCUCCACACAAGGUGGAUGACUGCGCCCUCCAAUUGUCCCACAAUGGAAGCUACCUGGACUUGGAGUCUACACUGGCCGAGCAGAGGGAUGAACUGGAGGGAUUCCACGAGGAAGGCGGACGGGGCAAGAAGCACGGCAUCAUCCUCCGAACCCAGCUGUCAGUCAGAGUUCACGCCUGCAUCGAAAAACUCUACAACUCAAACGGCCGAGAGCUGCGCCGAGCACUGUUUUCUCUCAAACAGAUUUUCCAGGAUGAUAAAGACCUGGUGCACGAGUUUGUGGUGGCCGAAGGGUUGACGUGUUUAAUCAAAGUUGGAGCCGAAGCCGACCAGAACUACCAGAACUACAUCCUCCGGGCUCUCGGGCAGAUCAUGCUGUUCGUGGACGGGAUGAACGGCCUCAUUUCUCACAAUGAAACAGUCCAGUGGCUCUACACCUUAGUGGGGUCCAAGUUCCGUCUGGUGGUGAAGACGGCACUCAAGCUCCUGCUGGUGUUUGUGGAGUACACAGAGUCCAACGCUGCCCUGCUCAUCGCUGCUGUGAAUGUAGUGGACAAGAAAAAAGGCUCCAAAGUGUGGUGGAACCUGAUGGAGAUUUUGGAUGAGAAAGAUGGAGUGGACACUGAGCUGCUGGUUUACGCGAUGACUCUCAUCAACAAGACGCUGGCAGGACUCCCGGACCAGGACUCCUACUAUGACAUGGUAGACUGUCUGGAGGAGCAGGGCAUUGAGGUCAUGGCUCAGAGGCACUUGAGCAGAAAAGGCACCGACCUGGACCUUCUGGAGCAGCUGAACAUCUACGAGAUGACGCUGCGGCACGAGGACGGCGACAGCGAGAUCCAGCUGCCGCCCAGCAGCAGGAAGGAGCGGCGGCGAGCAAGCCUUGGUGGCACCGGCGAGAAACGCGGCGUGGAGAGGCGGCGAAGCCGACGGCACUCGCUGCAGAACAGCAAAGGCAACACGUCGGCCCCGCCGUCGCCAAGCAGCCAGCAGACGCCCUCGGGCAGCUUCCUGCCCUUCAGUGGGGAAGACAUCCUGGAGAGAGAUGAGGAAGAGGAGGAUGAAGGGGAGGAGGAAGAGGAGGAUGAAGAGGAAGAGGCAGAUGAUGAGAGUCAUCCAGUCACUCAGUCCUCAGUAGAAGUUGAACACAGUCUGACAGAAUCACACUCUCCUCCAUCUGUUCAAAAGCCUUGUUGGGCUGAGAGAGUGGUAUCCAAUGGCGCCCCCUACCCUGGGAGAGCCCAGCCUCCUCCCUCAGCCCUUCAUCGCUUCACCAGCUCAGCAACAUACACACCGGAACCUAAACCAGACAGAUCUUCCGUCGGAGGUUUGCUGACCUCCUCGUACCGACAGCAUCAGGAGUCUCUGGCUGCGGAAAGAGAGAGAAGACGUGCGGAACGAGAGGAGCGUCUGCAGAGGAUUGAAACGGAGGAGAGAAACCGCUUCAAUCAAGAGGCGGUGGAGAAGAGGGAGGAAGCCAAACAAGCCAGAGAAGAAAGGUACAAGGCGGUGGAGCGGCUUGCAGCUCAGGAGUUUGAGCGAGAGCGGCCCAGGGUGCCGACCAGAGGACGGACGGAGAUCACUCUGUGUUUGAGCUCUAAUCCCUCCAGCCGGUCAACGUCGCGAUGUGUGACUCCCUCACCUGUCGUCGCUCACGGCGACACAAUCAGCGGUCCUCGCCAGAAAUCAGGAAAGGAACUCAUCUCAGAGCAGAGCCUUGACCCGCAGACCAGAAGCAAAAGUGCAGCGCCGGCGCUGACAGCAUCAGAAUGUUCCCCGACAUUUCGCUCAGAGCCAAAGAAGGAACAGCCUGGGACCGAGGCGCCGACGGACCCGGGGGAGGUCCACGCUCCGUCCCAGCAGAAUGUUGUGUCAGAGGAGACUGAGGGAGACGGGGAGAAGGAAGAAGUUGAGGAGAGUGUGAAGGAACGGCGACAGUUUAGGAGUGAAGGAGAGAUGGACGAGAGGGUCAAAGACGCAGAGGUGGACUCAGUGAAGGUGGACGUAGGUAUGAAGGUUGAGGACUCUGAAACAGAGCAGGCGACUGAUGUGGAAGAGAGCGUACUGCUGAGUGAAAAGGAGAGACAGAAUGAAGAAGUGAACGAGAAGGACAACUGUUCGGCCUCCAGUAUCUCCUCCACCAGUAGCACCCUGGAGAGAGAGGAGCGGGAGGAGAAGCUCACCAACGAGAUCGAGACAGGCCAGUGGACCCAGUGCAAUAGCGAUGGUGAUGUAACUGACCAAUGCAACAAACUCCUGGACAACAAGCGCUUCAUGCUGGACAUGCUGUACGCCCAGAAGAGCAGCGAGGACGAAGAGGCUGGCGAGGAGACGGCGAAAGAACUCUUCACCUGUGAGAAGAGCUCCGAGGUGGCUGACUCGUCCGUGGCGAGUCUGGCCAGCCGAAUCUCCACGCUGGAGGCUCACCGACAGGCUAGAGAGGACAAUGUGAAGAAGGUGGAGGUUGAGCAUCUGGACAAUCAGGGAAGUGUCCGCGCAGUCGCUGAGAAGUUCGGCGACUUGGUUAAAGGGCUGACGUCUCCCCAUGAGGUGGAGGCCUCCAAGGAGCAGCUGCUGCAUGACAAAUCUGCCGUUUUGUCGGUGGUGAAGAAAGAGUCGGACCACAUCUGGGAUCAGCUGAUGGCCUCGCCCAGGGAGCUGCGCAUCAAGGAGAUGGACUUCACAGACCUGAGGGAGGAGGACGACUUGGACAUUUUGGACAUGGACAACCUGGUGGGGGCUGGCGAUCUGUUGCUGCCACCUCCCCCUCCGCUGUGUAAAGCAUCUCUCCCGCCACCUCCUCCUCUCUUCGGAUGCCCCCCGCCACCACCUUUGGCCAAGAUGAUGCCCCCUCCUCCACCGUUCAUGAUCCCCCCUCCUUCACCGCAGCUAAGCCGAGGAGACGGACCACUGUUUCAGAAGAAGAAGAAGACCAUUCGACUGUUUUGGAACGAGGUGCGACCUGUCGAGUGCAAGAGUCAUAAACUGUGUAAAGAGUCUUUAUGGUCGAAACUGGAGCCGCUGAAACUGGACACAUCAAAACUGGAGCAGCUGUUCGAGUCCAAAUCCAAGGAGAUGCCAGUCACAAAGAAAGCGGCAGUUGAUGGUAAACGGCAGGAGAUAAUCGUGCUGGACUCCAAACGAAGCAACGCCAUCAACAUCGGUCUGACCGUCCUCCCGCCGCCUCGCACCAUCAAAACAGCCAUCCUCAACUUCGACGAGUACGCGCUGAACAAAGAGGGCAUUGAGAAAAUCCUGACCAUGAUCCCCACGGAGGAAGAGAAGCAGAGGAUCCAGGAGGCUCAGCUGGUGAACCCAGACGUGCCCCUGGGCAGCGCCGAGCAGUUCCUCCUCACUCUCUCCUCCAUCACCGAGCUGUCGGCUCGGCUGCAGCUGUGGGCCUUCAAGAUGGACUAUGAGCUUUUGGAGAAGGAAGCAGCUGAGCCUCUGCAGGACCUUAAAGAAGGGAUGGACCAACUGGAGAAAAACAAAACACUGCGCUACAUCUUGACGACGUUGCUAGCCAUCGGCAAUUUCCUGAACGGCACUAAUGCCAAAGGCUUUGAGCUCAGCUACCUGGAGAAAGUCCCCGAGGUGAAGGACACGGUCCACAAGCAGUCCCUGCUGCACCACACCUGCUCCAUCGUGGUGGAGAAGUUUCCCGACAGCACGGACCUGUACUCAGAGAUCGGAGCCAUCACCCGUCUGACCAAGGUGGACUUCGACCAGCUUCAAGACAACCUGGCCCAGAUGGAGCGGCGGUGCAAGGCCUCCUGGGAUCACCUGAAGGUGGUGGCCAAGCACGAGAUGAAGCCGGCUCUGAAGCAGAAGAUGGCCGACUUCUUGAAGGACUGCGCAGAGAGGAUCAUCAUCCUGAAGACGGUGCACCGGCGGAUCAUCAACAGGUUCCACGCCUUCCUGCUGUUCCUGGGCCAUCCCAUCUACGCCGUGCGCGAGGUCAGCAUCCACCGCUUCAGCAAGAUCCUGAGUGAGUUUGCCCUGGAGUAUCGCACCACCAGGGAGCGCGUGCUGCAGCAGAAACAGAAGAGGGCCAACCACCGCGAGCGCAACAAGACCCGAGGGAAACUCAUCACAGAUAGCGGGAAGUUUGCGCCGGCCGACGCGCAGGAGAGUCAACAGCAGGGCAUCCAGUCCGCUGAGGACGCAGCCGAGCACGAGAACAUGAAGGCCGUGCUGAAGAGCGGCCUGCAGGGCGGCGACAGUGAGACGUCCACGCUCCCCGGGCUGCGCACCCGCACCCGGGCCACCAGCACCAGAGGCCGCCUCCCCCCGUGGUGCAGCCCCAUGGACGACCCUCUCACCUGCACGGACGACACGGCCGACGAGAUCAUGGAGCGGAUCGUGCGCUCGGCCACGCAGGGGCCCAGCCAGCGGACGCAGCCCCGCGAGAGACGCCGCUCCAGACUCAACCGCAAAUCACUGAGACGGACACUGAAGGACAGCCUGUCCACCGACGAGGCCUGCGCUCUGGGCUUGUCCAGCGGGUCGGAGGUGCCGGCCUGACCCCAGCACCACCCAGGCCUGGACCUGGAACUGGAACUGGUCCGUGGCAGAGAGAGGAAGCUGCUUUCCCCCCGCCGGACGCUCGCAGACGCUUCCCUCUUCAUUGCUCACAUGCACUCGGAGGGUUGGAGGAAGCUUCAGCUGAGACCUUCUGGACGUCUGAGGUCCUGAAGAGAAUGUGAAACCACUGACCCUCCACUGCGUCGUGCUGUCGGAGGCUGCUGCGUCUCCCAGUGCCUUUGAGAGACGCCUGUAUUUAUUAAAACAUUUCAGGGACGAACCCCCCCGGCCCCCCUUCCUCCUCCUCCUAACCCCCCUGUCUCUCCGCCCUUCUCUGAUCCGGUGUGUAGUUUGUGUUUGGGAACGGUUGUGGCUUAUUUAUGGCAGUUCCCUGCCCCUUCCUGUUGCCUUACUGUCAAAUCCGGAAACUGGAUCAUCCACCUGGAGUCAAAGUUAUAAACUUCCCUCAUGAGGAGUGUGUCCUGCCAUUUCCUCACGUCCAUUGUUAGCGGCAUACAAGUCCCAUGAUGCACUGCAACUCUUCACUGUCUUUGACAUUUCUGCGAAUAAAAGAAAUCCACUCAGGCCACCUUUGCUCAUCUUCCAU